CCGAUGAGAACACUCACUCAAAGGUCUUGUUACAACUCUCUGGAAGAUGCUCCCUAAAUAUUUUCUGGGUCCAGCCUGGUUGCUGUUCGUCACUGCCCAGAUCCUAAACACUGGAGACUGUCAGAUAGUUUCACAAAAGCACCGGCAUAAAAGGGAGUGGGUGGUCCCUGUCAAAAAGAUCAUAGAAAACGUGGACUAUAGUCAUCUCCCCUAUGUCACCAGGAUACGAUCAGAUGUGGACAGUUCAGUGCUAUUACUGCGCUACACUAUUAGAGGGCCAGGAGUUACCGAGCCACCUGUUGGUAGCUUCAUGGUAGAGGAGUACAAAGGAUGGAUUCGCAUCAUACUCCCUCUGGAUCAUGAGGAGAGAGAAAACUACACACUUAUUGGUACAGCAUGGUUCAUGAAUAACACCAUAGCUGAAGAUAAUGUUAAAAUACACAUCAUAGUGGACGACCAGAAUGAUAACUCACCAGUGUUCAUCAAGCCAGAACGAUGCAGCGUUUAUGAGGGGAGCCCACCUGGUACCUUUGUAACCCAGGUUGUGGCCACAGAUGCAGAUAAGCCAGACACUCUUCACAGUAAGAUAGCUUACAACUUAAUCAAUCAAGAGCCAAACAAUGGCAAGUUUUACUUUGCCAUCAGUAAAGAAAAUGGAACUCUGUAUGUGAAGGACGCAACACUUGACAGAGAGGAACAGGACUCCUACAUUCUUACAGUGCAAGCUACUGACAUGAAUGGCAGUUAUCAAGGAAAUUCUGCCACAACUACUGUAAUUAUAGACAUCCUCGACAUCAAUGACAACAUUCCUACUUUAGAGAAGGAUGAGUUUUCAGCAAGUAUUGAUGAGAAUAUGGCACCCAUCGAGGUUUUGCAAAUUCAGGCCCUGGACAUUGAUGAAGAAUGGUCAGACAACUGGUUGGCCGUGUUUGAAAUAGUCAGUGGGAAUGAGGAUGGACUUUUCUCUAUUGAAACGAAUAAAAAUACUAAUAUGGGAGUUCUGUAUCUGAACCAGCCUGUAGAUUAUGAGUCAGCAUCUAAUCUUAAACUGGGCCUGGUUGUUGCAAACAAAGCUCCUCCAGGAGCACCUCUAGGGAGUGCAUCUGGAGGAGGAGGUGGAGGAGGAGGAGGAGGAGGAGGAGGAGGAGGAGGAGGUGGAGGUGGAGGAGGAGGAGGAGGUGGAGGAGGAGGAGGAGGAGGUGGAGGUGCAGCUGGAGCUUCUGGAGGAGGUGGUCAGUCUGGAAGUUUUAUGUCAUGGGGUCAGUCUGGAGCUUCUGGGGGAGGUGGUAAACCUGACAUCUCCAAGAAAAAGAUGUACUUGGUGAAGAUCAGUGUAAAAAACAAGCGAGAUGCACCAAAGUUCAAUCCAAAAGUGAAGCCCAUAGCUGUGUCUGAAAACUCCAAAGAUAAUUCCAUUCCUAGAGUAAUUACAACCUACACUGCUAUAGAUGGAGACACAGACAAGAAAGCAGAAAAUGUUAUGUAUGCAAAGGGAUAUGACCCUGAGAACUGGAUUACUGUUAACAUGAACACGGCUGAGAUUACACUUAACAAGGUACCAGAUCGUGAGUCUCCAUUUUUGGUAAAUGGUACCUAUUAUGCCAAGAUCCUCUCCAUAACAAAUGAAAUGCCCUCUCAGACGUCGACAGGGACUAUAGCCUUGCAGGUUGAAGACAUGAAUGAUAACUGUCCGAAGCUCCUUGAUAAUGUGCAGUAUGUCUGCAGUGAUGCCAAAGUUAUGAAUGUCACAGCAGAGGACUUAGAUGCAGAUCCUAAUGGUGCUCCUUUGGAAUUCCUUUUGAUACCAGAAAAAACUAAGGGGAAAUGGAACUUGCAGAGGAUAAAUGAUGCAAGUGCUUCACUCCUUGCUGAAGAGGACUUAUGGCCUGGUCUUUACCAAGUCACCAUGGAGAUAAGAGACAAGCAGGGACUGGCUUGUCCUGAUGAGCAAGUCCUCCAAUUCGAAGUGUGCACCUGCUUAGAAGGAGCAGUUUGUGGUGCAAAAAUGGCAGCAGUACACACCACAUCAGCGACCCUUGGAGGAGCAGGGAUUGGUCUGAUGAUUUUUGGUUUCAUCUUGCUUCUCUUGGUUCCCAUGUUCUUAAUAAAAUGUACCUGUGGUAGUGUUGGAAGAGAUUCAUUUACUGACCUUCCAUUUGAAAACAAAGAAUACCUUAUCAACUACAACACAGAGGGAAACGGAGAAUGCAUGGAUGUUCACAGGAUACUGACUAUCCCACUCAAAAAUGGAGGUGUGAAGGAAGGAAGAGUGUCCACAGCAGGUGUAAAAAAGGCUGAACAUUUGAAUUUUGAAAGCCCAAGACGUGAAAUUCAGGCCCCCAUAUCAGGCAUGGCUGCCAAUCAGACCAUUGAAAUGUCAAGAAGGAUGGAGGAGAGUGCAUUUGGAGGUCUCUACUAUGAUGUGUUGACAGACACAGGACAUGAAGAAUUCCCUGUCUAUUAUCAAGAAGAUAAUAUCUUGCCUGAUGCAUUACUAAAACAAUACUUUACACAAAAAGCCAUGCACAUUUCAGAGGCUGCUACCUCUACAGUGGACAUAUUUAGAACAUACGACUAUGAGGGUGAAGGAUCUAUUGCUGGUUCCAUAGGCAGCUGCAGCUAUAAGUCUAAUAAUGACCUGGAAUUCUUGAAUAACCUGGGUUCAAAGUUCCUCACCUUGGCUGAGCCCCACGGAAAUAACACCAAUUUCACCACCUAUCCAAAACACCCUUUGUCAGAGGAUGGCCGUGCAGGAUUCUAUGUACUACAGGUUGGAGCAGCCAAUGCCUAG